AUUAACGCCGUCUCCUGGUUCCGUCCCCAGAGCGCCGCCAUGACCACCUUCGCCCGUCGCUGGAACCUGGACUCGCAGCUGCUGGUGGCCAUCCAGAACAAUGACGUCCCGCGUGUGCAUAAGCUGUUCCAGGAGGGCGUCGACACAGACACCAGGUUCUCCAUCAACUCGCAGCAGCGGCCCGCGCUCUGCCUCUGCGUCGAGAACAAUGCGCAGGAUAUGGUCCAGUUGUUUGUGGAGCUGGGAGUGAGCAUCAACCAGGGUGACUCUCAGGGGCUGACUGCACUACACAUAGCCUGCUCUCACACGUACAUCCAUCUGGCAGGCCUGCUGAUCAAAGCCAGAGCUAAUGUCAAUGCCCGCACACACCAGAACCACACGCCUCUCCAUCUGGCAGCGAUGAGAGGAAACAGUGAGUUGGUGGAAUUGCUUCUGUCCCAUCGUGCAAGUGUAGACUCCUUGGAUGAUGACAAUCGUACAGCCCUUCAUUAUGCUGCUGCCUCAGGCAAUGCUGACUUGGUGGAGUUGCUGCUGUCUGCUGGUGCUGACCCUUCAUUACUUGACAACAUGGGCAACACACCCUUGCAUUAUGCUGUGGAUGUGAGUGGAAUGCCAGCUCAUGUUGUGCGGCAACUGGCUUCUGCUUACCCACCUGCUGUGGGAAUAACCAACCGCAGCACAGAGACACCCCUUCACAUUGCUGUCCGUAAUGGCAGAUGUGAUGCAGAGAGUGUUCUGCAAGCAGCACUAGAGUAUGGAACAAAGGAGGCCCUGAAUACUAAGACUUCCCUGGGUCACACUCCCUUGCACCUUGCUGUCCUUGAUCACCGGAUUAACCUCCUUCGAAUCCUGCUCACAGCUGGUGCUGACACAGACACAGAAGACCAUCUGGGGCAUACGCCUUUGGGGUCAGCAGGGAGGGACGCCACCUGGGGUGCUGUCGUUCUUCUUCUUGCUGCUGGUGCUCGUACUAAGCGCCUCAUCCAUGGCGGUGUGAUUGAGAGUGAAGUACAGGACUCGGGAAUACGAGCACUACUUCACGACGCUACGAGACAGCCCCCAAAACUGUCAAGUGUGUGUCGCCGAGCACUCACGCUUCACUUAGGACCUGCAUCUCUCUUGGCCCUGUCCAAAACCACUUUACCUACCACAUGGCGGGACUUUCUCACAUACAAGUCAGUCAACAUCUAGAUCUGCUGCUGUGCUCAUUUUACCCUCAGUUAUUCUGCAUUAGGAUUCCCAUUGUAACCAAUGUCAUCAAUUUAGUGCUGUAGAGAUUUUGCUAUCUAUGUGAAAUAUGUUUUUGAAGUAUCUGUCUCUACAACAUUAACUAAAUCAUACUAGAUUUAAUAUACGUGUUAAGGUAAUGAUAGGGUGUUUUUUGUAUGGAAUUUAAAACAAAAUAUUUUUGAAAUAUUAAUGUCU